UGGAGUGGUCCAAAAAGGCUUCCUGGGAAAGGGGGGAGAGAGGAUUGACCCAAGAGCUUUACUGUUUCCGCGUUACACCAGUCAGCGGCGGCACGGCCGGGAGGAGGAUUUUUCCUGCGACUAUUGGGGCCAUAUCAAUCUUCCAGAGCCACUGUGCUGGCGAGCGAGCGAUCGAGCGAGCAGCGGCUAAGUCUUCCUAGAGGUAUAGAUCGUCUUCCUCCACUAGUUUAGUAGCCAUAGUGGUACGCUAGAUUCGAACGUCUUUCAACCAGAUCGCUACUGGGGCUUCGAGGGUCGAUCCAGAUCGCUCUUGGGCAGCAGCAGGAUGUCGCUGGUACGCAGCAAAAAGCCUCCAAAUCUCCAGCUCCUGCGAGCUCCGUCCUCCUCAGCUCCAGGGGCACACCGGCUUCCACUCCCUCCAGCAGAUGCGACCAGGGGAUUGAAGCUCCCGGAGAUUGCCAAGGACGAGGUGGGAGGCGGCCAGGUCUCGCUGGAGGAUCUCGAGAAGAGGGAGAUUCUCGGACAGGGAAGCGGUGGCAAAGUCUACAAGGUGGUGCACGUACGCACCGGCGUCGUCUACGCGCUCAAGACGAUCCAUCCCAAGACGGACGCGGCCAUCACCAAGCAGAUCAAGCGCGAGAAGGAGAUAAGCAUGCGUUCCAAGGCGCCGUAUGUGGUGCAGUGCUACGGCGUUUUCGACAAGGGCGGGGAGAUCUCGCUGGUGCUCGAGUACAUGGACGGCGGGACGCUCGCUCACGUCCUCAAGCGCCACCCCAGGAUCGAGGAGCCGUACCUCGCCACCAUCACGCAGUACGUGCUCAAGGGGCUGCUCUACUUGCACUCGAACAAGAUCGUCCACCGGGACAUCAAGCCUUCCAACUUGCUGCUCAACAGCAAAGGCGAGGUGAAGAUCGCCGACUUUGGCGUGAGCACGGAGCUGGCCAGCACUUUCGCCGAGUGUAACACCUUCGUGGGGACGUGCGCGUACAUGAGCCCCGAGAGAUUCAAGCUCCACGAAGCUCGCGGGGGAUUCAACUACUCGGCGGACAUCUGGAGCCUGGGACUGGUGCUGCUCCAGUGCGCGCUCGGCUACUUUCCAUACCUCUCUCACGGCCAGGAGGCGGACUGGAUGACGCUUAUGUGCAACAUCUGCGAGUGGGAGGUGCCAAGUCCCCCCGAAGGAACUUCGCUCGAGUUCCAGGACCUGGUGAAAGCUUGCCUCCAGAAGGAGCCGGCGUGUCGACCGAAUGCGUUCCAGCUCCUCCAGCACCCGUUUCUAAAGAAGUACGAGGCUUCGCCUUACAGCCUCCAGCGAUAUCUCAGGUGAUCUUCUCGGCGAUUCUCGGUAAGAAAGACAAACCUUGUGAUUGGUUUUUGUGAGAGUCGCACUCACAAACAGUGGUUCCUUCGGGGAUUAAGACUUGCUACUUUACUCAUUCAUGGUGACAGCUCCGCUUCGCGUCUUCCCUGACUGGGUCCGAAAGGGAAGAGCCAUAUGAAUGACUUUCAUCGUAAACGUCAUACUCUCAACAGCUCGUUGUCUUGGAGAAAUUGCAGUCUCCGUGCCGAGCACGGAUAGUUUCUGCUUCACUCGAAAUGCAGCAUCUUUACGUCCAGAGUUUCUCUUUUUAGUUUCGUCUGCCUCUUACCGGACCGUAAAACCGCGUCAAGUUCCGAUCAUGUUACAAACUGGUGUUUCUUUGUGAACGAGCUCUGUGCAAACCUUUUUCGUUAAGCUAAUAGAAUCCCAGUGUAAGUAAGGACGAUGUAAAUUUUGCGUGGCUUCACCAUAAUGAAAUUUAUGAGAUGCAA